UCGUGGACGGGAAAAAAUUUUGCGCAUGAGCUGCCCACUAGUGGUCACGCUUUGUACAAAAGUGAAAGUAGCUGCUGCUUGCGUAUCUGUGGACACGUGCUAUCCAUGAUUAUUGCACGCGCUGUCCAGGACUGCACAGUCCAUGCCCAGCUGUGGUUAGCUGCCGUCAAAUCAUGUCAAGAUUCUACAAAAUGCCUUCGAAAUAAUCCGGCAAAAUAUAAAGAUAACUAUCCACUACGGAGAUUAUUACCCGGUCAAAUAAUGUCUUUAGAUGAACAAUGCCAAAAAAUGGGAUACCAUCAAUGUGAAUUAAUAAGGACAACUUGUUUAGACUUAUACUGCAGCAUAACAAAUAAGUAUGGACAAUUGAGCUAUUCUACAUAUAAUAUACCUCCAGCAGAGGGAUCUUAUUGUGCUCCUGGCAAGUACUGUAUAGCAGGACGAUGUGAAUUUAAAGUGUAAAAGAAAAAAGCAAAGGGAUAAAUAUGGACGCAAAGUGUUUUAUUAAAUUAUGUACAUCCGUGUAAAGACGUUUAUUACAAAAAAGGAUAGAAAUUCGUGUAAUAAUCACCAUACGCAAGAACUUUUCGAAUGAGAAUAUAUUAGAAGCAUAAGGGCACUGUCUUGCAAAAUUGUUGAUAUUUCAUUAACUAAUUAUGAUAAAACAUUGAUAAAUUGUUAGAAAGUGUGAGGUUAGAAAUGACAUCACCGUUUGAAUUUUUCAAUAACUUCUAUUUAUUUUAACAAACAGUUGUUUUCGUUUUUCAUCGACUUUACAUACAUGAAAAUACUAAGAGCAUUUUGCAAAUGGUUUUAGAGCAUACCUGAUGAUAAUUUGUUUAAAAAUUUAAUUAAAUUUUUUUGUUUUGUUUUAUUUUUUAAAAUAAAAAGUUUUUUGGCUAAA